AUGGCCGGAGCAGUAGACGAUCUGAAGCUGCUGGGCGCGUGGUACAGCCCGUACGUCCUGCGAGUGCGCCUUGCCCUCAGCAUCAAGGGCAUCAGCUACGAGUACGCAGAGGAGGAACUCCAGCACAAGAGCGAGCUGCUCCUCCGGUCAAACCCCGUCCAUAACAAGGUCCCCGUGCUGAUCCACGGCGGCAACCCCGUCUGCGAGUCGCUGGUCAUCCUACAGUACAUCGACGAGGCUUUCGGCGGAGCCGGCCCCGCCCUCCUCCCGGCCGACCCCUACGAGCGCGCCGUCGCCCGGUUCUGGGCCGCCUUCAUCGAGGACACGCUCGUGAAAGCGAUGAACCAGGCGUCAUGGAGCAAGACGGAGGGGGAGAAAGUGGAGGGGAACAAACAGGCGACUGCUGCCUUGAACACCCUGGAGGCGGCCCUGAGGGAUAUCUCCAAGGGGAAGCCCUUCUUUGGAGGCGACAGCGCCGGGUAUGUGGACAUCGUCCUCGGCGGCCUCCUCGCAGGGGUGCGCGCCAUGGAGGCGAUGCUGGGCGUCAAGGCCUUCGACCCAGUCACGAUGCCGCUCCUGGCCGCGUGGGCAGACCACUUCGGCGCGCUGGACGAGGUGGUGGCCGUGAUGCCGGACGUGAGCAGGCUGGUGGAGCUCUUCAUGACGAUGCACGCUCAGAUUGCGGCCGAGGCCGCCACAGCAAACUAA